AUGGACGACGUUUUCUACUACGCCACCGGCGGUGACUGCGUCUCCGGCAGCAGCCCGCCACCCCCGGCGGCGCCGCCCGUUCCUCACGGUACAGAGCUAGCCUGCAUCGACUGCGCCGUUCCCGAAAUCUUCUCCUUAGUCCUUUGCUUCCUCGUCAUCGCCUCGCUCGUCAACUUCGCCUUUGUCUCGCCCUCCGACGACGACGACGAGGAGGAGCGGCGGGCGAAGAAGGUUGUGACCGGGGGGCUCGACCCGGCCGUGCUGGCGUCGUUCCCGGUGGUGACGUGCCCCGAAGCGAGGGGCGCCGGGGAGGGGAUGGUGGGGCGGGAAUGCGCCGUGUGCCUGACCGAGUUCGGCGUCGACAACGCUCUCCGGGUGCUGCCGCCGUGCCGCCACGGGUUCCACCCGGUUUGCAUCGACCCCUGGCUCGCCGGCCACGCCACCUGCCCGCUGUGCCGGUCCGACUUGGCGGCCGGCCACGUCAUUGUCAACGGAGUAGAGGGGUAA